CAUGGGCUUUCCACCAUGCAGAGGAUGCGGUUUACACAAGAACAAAGCACACUUUAGGAGAUGUGGACCGAUUUAAUGAUCUUACACCGGGUAGGACUGGGUGGUACUGGCAGCUGCCGAGUUCCAACAACGCUCCAGAUGCCCCGUACUGGAGUGACCUGGAUGUGAAACUGGGAUAAAGGCCGUAUCUCGCUUUAUUUUGACAGAUCGCAUCAAUCCAGUGAUACAAACAGGGGAGAGUUGCAGUAGCAGCGGGGUGGCUAGCUUACUUUUUAGAUGGCGGUCUUGUUCGUAUUAUUUUUCGAAACAUCACAACUAUCUUAGGAACAUGACGGAACUCAAGGGGUGCAUUUUUGACCGCGACAUUUAGCCGUCUUGCAUCGUGAAUAAUGGAAAACAGUCGCCAGAAAGACCAGGAAACAAUGUUGUUAUUAGCAAGUUAGCUAACGUUAGCUCAGCUAGCUGUUGGUUAACGUUAACUACAUCAAAUUAGUGGGCUGAGUUAGCCGAGCUAACUCAGCCCACUAAUUUGAAUAGACACGCAUAACAUUCAAACAAUUUAGUCGGAUGCCACACUUUGGGUUAGAUCCACUGACUGACAGGUUUUUCCAGUGAGCCACUUCCUUUCUACGUUAACCUAUUUCUGUUAACUAAGCUAGCUAGCUAGCUAACCAGCUGUUCCGUUUAGCGCUCCAUUCUGCUGUGGUGUCACUGCAAUCUGUUGGCUGCAGAAGUCAUAUUGUAAAUAUAGCUUUACUGCUGCUAAACUGCCAAUCGGACGACAACCAUGGCUCAAGAAGCGUUUCCUCUGCAUUUUCUGGUCUGGAACAAUCAGUACCUGGAGCUUGAUCGGGAGCUGCAGAAGAAAGAGCAGGAUGUGGAGCGCCUGGAUCCGAGGGGGCGCACCCCGCUGGAGCUGGCUGUGUGUCUGGGCCACCUGGAGUCCACCCGGGUGCUGCUCAGGCACACUGCAGACCCGACACACUGCAAUGCACAGGGAUGGACCAUCCUGCAGGAGGCGGUGAGCACAGGGGACCCAGAGCUGGUUCAGCUGGUGCUUCAGUACAGAGACUUCAAGCGUGCCACAGAGAGACUGGCGGGCAUCCCAGAGCUGCUCAGCAAACUAAGACAGGCACGGGACUUUUACGUAGAAAUGAAAUGGGAGUUCACCAGUUGGGUGCCCUUGGUGUCGAAAGUGUGUCCCAGUGAUGUCUACCGGGUGUGGAAGAGUGGCUCGUGUCUCCGUGUGGACACCACCCUCCUGGGCUUUGAACACAUGACCUGGCUGAAAGGGCGGCGCAGCUACAUAUUUAAGGGUGGAGAUGACGGUGCGGUAGUGAUGGAGGUGGAUCAUGAGAAGCAAGUGGUGUAUACAGAGCCUUUAGUGUUGUCUCCCCGUGACGCACCAUCCCUCCUGGCAGCCAUGCAGCCGUCGCAGGAGAAUACCGCCCAGAGACUUACUUCACCCAUUGUCUCCACACACCUCAACACACGAAACAUUGCCUUUGAAAGGAACAAAUCUGGUAUCUGGGGCUGGCGUUCAGAGAAGAGUGAAGUGGUCAGUGGGUAUGAAGCCAAGGUUUACAGUGCCACUAAUGUGGAGCUAGUGACUCGGUCAAGAACAGAGCAUCUAUCAGACCAAGACAAGUCAAGAAGCAAAGGCUCAAAGACUCCUCUGCAGUCCUUCCUGGGGCUCGCUGAACAACACACAGCUCACAACGGGAGUAACGUGUCUCAGUGUGCCAGUCCUCACAACCCCACAGCCAUCACUGCUGAGGAAUACUUCAACCCUGACUUCAACCUGAAUGGGCGGGACAUAGGGCGUCCCAUUGAGCUCACAAGCAAAGUCCAGAAGUUUAAAGCCACCCUGUGGUUAAGUGAAAGUCACCCUCUGUCCCUGGCCGAGCAGGUGACCCCCAUCAUUGACCUCAUGGCUAUCUCAAAUGCCCAUUUUGCCAAGCUUCGUGACUUUAUCACUCUGCGCUUGCCACCAGGCUUCCCUGUUAAGAUAGAGAUUCCCCUGUUUCAUGUGUUGAAUGCCAGAGUGACGUUCAGUAAUCUGUGUGGUUGUGACGAGCCUGUCAGCUCUGUGACGGUCAACAAACCUGAGAGCCCCGAGGAGGCUGGUCAGUGUCUCGCUCCCUUCCACUGUGAGGUGGACCCAUCAGUGUUUGAACCCCCUGCAGAGUACACCACCCUUGGUCCAGGCCGCAGCGAGCCAAUGAGGGACGAAGAUGACAACCUGCUGCAGUUCGCCAUCCAGCAGAGCCUGCUGGAUGCUGGCACAGAAAGUGACCAGGUGACUAUCUGGGAGGCCUUGACAAACAGUCGCCCGGUGCCCCAGAGUCCGCUGUAUGAGGAAGACUCUCAGCUGGAGAGAGCCAUCCAGGAGUCUCUUUCCAUCUCUUUGGCUAGCAGAGAGGGAGAGGACACAGCCGAUCCCACCUCCGUCUCUCCCUUAGACCCGACCGCCAACUCUCCGCUCUCCUACAGCACAGUGACAGAUCCAAGGUUGUCGGGACACUUUGGUGUGGCGUCGAGCUUUGAUGAACAGCUGCGCAUUGCUAUGGAGCUGUCAUGCAGAGAGCAAGAGGAGCUAGACAGGAAGCAGAAAGAGGAGGAGGAGGAGCUGGAAAGGAUCCUGCAGCUGUCACUCACCGAGAAGUAAUGUCACAACAACAGCAAUGGAGCGAGCGUCUUCAUUGGGGAACAAUCCUCUUAAUUUAUUCCGUUUUAUUUUUUAUUUUUUAAAAUCCUGAGAUGUUAACUUAUUACAGAUAUUUUAUUUGUCUUACUCACACGAAGGCUGCUACAAAACAGAGUAAAGGAACAAAAUCUACGAGUAUGUUUGGGAGCAGGUAAAAUAAGACCAAGUGAAAUCAGGUACUGCGAAACACUACAGUAAAGGAGCAGACAAAAGGGAGAGAGUUUUUGUUUUCGAUUUUUAUUAUUGAAUAUUUUUCACAGUCUUGCUGUCUUUAUUGAGUGAUGAAUGAUCCUUAAACUUUAAUCCUACAACAUGAUCCAUAAAAAUGAUGGAAAAUAUGAAACUACAGUCUUAAUGGAAUAACUUAUAAACUAUGAUUAACAUUUGAACCAUUUUGUUGGCUUCCUCCUGUGUGAUAAAAUAAAGAAUAAUGAUCA